AUGGCGCAGGCUUCGGAACAGGCGUCAAGGAAUCGCAGCACAUCGGCAGGCACAUCUGAAUUACCUCAGCACGAGAACAAACGACCCCGACUGGACAUCAAUGUUGUCACAGACAUGCAUGGCCGAGAUGAUGUUCAAGGAAGCGAAAUACCACCACUUAAAGAUCGUCCUGCCUUACCACAAUCAACAAUAGUUCCCGCAGAGAGGCCGACUACACCUAACGCAUCUCCGCCAGCAGAAACUGAGGUCAAUGUCGUGUCUCCCACGAGCAGAGUUACCAUUAAUACACGACCUCUCUCAGCACAGUCAGCUAAUAAUGAACAGCUGCUGUCGAACGGCAAUGAUGAGGGCAAUCCGACAGAUCCUUUAUCGAACGGCACCACAUCGAACGCCGACUCGCCUAUCAUCGUCACUGUUUCCGAUGGUGAGACGUCAAAUAACAUUCCUGGAGAUCUCAACGAGCCGAUAUCGAUAUCGUCGUCUCCGUCGGAAGUCGUCAUCGAGAUCGGUCCACCAGAGGACGUCGAAGAGUCUGUUGGAGAUACCAGCUGGUCGAGAUUGCUUCAUGCUGGUGCCAACAUUACAGCGCCUUCCAUAUGGCAGACCUUUCCCUUUCAAAAUGAUGGUACAAAGGCUGGAGUUCUCAGGGCUACGCAGGGAGUGGCAGAGAUGUUGGAACGGUCCCAAGAAUCGCAAUUUGCCGAGACGCUCAAAACAACAACAAGCUGGAUGGAAGAGAUUCAGUCAUCGCUCGCGCAGUAUGACUUGCAAACUCUCCAAAACAAUCUUGAGCUCAUCUCGCGGCUUCCCUUGUUCAUUAACUCUCUCUUGAAAAGAAGGGUUGCACUGCCUGUUAGCACAACUGAGGCAGACAUUCUUGCUUUUGUAGGCGCGUUCGCUUCCACGACUAUGUACAUGCUCAAUUUUGAUAUAGUCCGACUGAAGUCGACAUCCGGUGCGCUGGACCCAGCUACACAGCGUCCAGCUAUCUCGCCCGACUUUCUACGCUUGCUCAACGGGGUACUCUGGCCAGAGUCAACAUGGUCUUUACACAAACUGCUGGAGAAAAAUCUACAGUUGUCGGUAAACGACUUCUGUUCCCAUGCUGCUUCACUCCUGUUUCGCAACGACAGCGAGAAGCCUUUUCAAUCUUUCGCGACACUUUUUGAUGAGAUGGUGCAAAAGGUGCCAGUCAACUCAAAUUAUAGGGCCGUACUCCUUCAAAUUGUCGCGUUCUACCGCUUGUUCCUCGCGGCAAAUUGCAAGUACAGCGUUCCUUGUGAGGCACGGACACUCGAGGCCUUACGCGCAACAACUUCAAACUUCGUGUCGUCAGCAGAUGGUGCUCUACGGCAGGCUAUCAAAAAGCAACAUUCUUGGCUCAGCAUCGAGAAUAGUGCUGGUUGUCUGGAAAACUUUGUCCGUCUCAUAGGUGCAGCGCUCAACCUUGCCAAAUUCGUCCUUACCACAGCGAACUUGGACCCUGGCAAAACUGACGUGGCUCUGAGGCAUACGUUUGUCCAGGAAUUAUACAAGUUCUCACUUCUGAAACAGUUUGUCAUGUAUGGCCGCAUGGAGCUUCGAGUCAGUGGCAUAGAGGCCAUGUCAUCGGGUCUAGUGGAGACCUGGUCACGCAUUUCAAAAUCAUCCGACCAGCGACGUGGAGCCGACGUCUUGAACCUGACUAUCGACUUCAUUCGCAACAACGAAUUGAUGGAAUUCAUCUUUGGUGUUGACUGCCCUUCACAAGUCGUGCAGAGAAGUUUCAAUGUGAUUGGGUUCCUUUGCGUGUCCGAGCGAUGGGAUCAGUCCGACAGUGACAAAGCCUGGCGUGCUGUUCUCGAGAGUCAAGAUCACAGAUCAGCUGCUGCGAUCGUUGAGAAUCUUACUACCAACUUACAACAUCUCAAUCUCGAGUCACUCAUGUACAUGUACGAGAAAAUACACGAUGUGCCCUUCGAGAAAUUCGACCAACGCCUACUGACUUUCACAAUGCAACUCUUAGACUCCACUAUUCAGAGGAUCGAUCGGUUCUCUGGUAUCGAGCAGGGCAUCAAUGCGAAAAUGGUCAAACUGUGUUUGCAUCUUUUGCGAGAAGCUUUCACACCAGCCAGAUGCUCGACAGAUGUAACAGAACUGAUCAAGGAGAAUAUCUACCGAUGGCUCAUUAGAGAUCGAGCAAACGUAACUGCUCAUCGUGUAACAAACUUAGCACGACCUGAACGAGAUGAGCUAGUCACUACGCUGCAAAGAGACAUUUUGCUCCACACAGAAUACGCAACGGGCAGCAUCUUUCUGAUGACAGCACUACUACACUCUGCGGAUGACUUCGAGACAGCUAACGUUGUCUCCGCUACUAACUAUGUGGAGCUUCUCCUCGAGGAUCUCAUCUUCUUGUCGAACACCAAUACACUCGACGUUGUCGCCUCAGAGAGAUCUAUGAAGAUUCUGUACAAUGCAAGAUUAUCCGGGCUAGCGCAGUUGAUUAUGGCCGUACCGCGCUUGAUAGAUAGAACCCUCUGUGAGACGCUGUGGGUCAAUGUUCUGACGACAAGCUCCUCUGCCUUGAGAUCCGAAGCAUGGACCACUUUUGCGAACAUCCUCAACGAAAUGCAGGUCAGCAACGAAUUUCUAGACCUUGUUGCCUGCGACUUUCUGCCUACCCUGCCACCAGCCUUUUUCGAUGAGGCUGUACUAGCAUUCUGUCGAGCUUUGACGGACUUCCACGUUCGCUACAAAGUAAACAGUAUGCAAGAUACAGAUGAAUGUCUUCAAAUUCCUGCGAUGGAAAGAGUUUGGUCUAUCAUGCUCGAAGCGUCGAAUUUUCACGUUGCAGAGAUGGCAUCCGAUUACAUUGUGCACACCUAUCUGAACAAUGAUGACCUGGUCAGCAAGCGUCAUCUCGGUGAACAGCAGAUGUAUGCGGUGCUGGUAGAUAGAUGCAUCUCAACAGUUAUCGAAUCUGCCAACUCGUUGAAAGAUAAUGGUCCUGAUGCCUCCACAAACACGGUUAACAGCCAGCACGAGGCCCGUCUCCACCGAUCGCUCUCACUAUUACGGAAAUUGCUGAAUGGCCUCAAAUCCAAACCGCGAUUCAAGCCGUCGGCGUCUGAAAAAUUUGGUCCCGCUCUGGCAACAUUCGAACCCAAGGGUCAGCCGGUCGAGUGUCAACUACGAUGGAUCUCCGACUCUGAGAUGCGGGAGGGAAACCUUACUUGGACUGUUGGCGAGGAAAGUACCGGCCAAGAGCUAUGGCGUUUUCUGGUUGAAUUAACUGGAUGGAGCCAGAUAAAUAUUGUCAAAAGUGGUGUACGUCUCCAGCUUCAGGACGACACGAAGACAGUAAAGCAGCUCAAUCUCAUCCCAGGCAGCCUACAGAUCAGUAAACCUAUAGGUGCUACUGAUAUUGGCCCAGGAAGGGCAGUUCGCGCAUCAUCGCCCGUCGAUUCUGCAAUCAUGCACCAUUUCAGAGAUCUUUACGCCUUGCUGGAAUUUCGGGAACCUGUCGCUAAAGCGAUCUACGAUUUUCUGGUGGUCUUCUCGUCACAAGCCACUGUCAUUGCUGAAGUGAAAUCAAUGACCCUAUCUGCUGAAGAAUUACUCCCUGUGCGCAAGCCAUUCAAAUUGCUUUACUACGCUAAUGCCUUACGAUCUUCUAUUGAGGAAGAGUCAUUAAGCAACAUACCAAACUGCAACUUCAUACAAUACGCCGUGACCACAGUUAUCAGCACGCUGAACCACUUGAGCAUGGUUGACGAUCAUUCGUUGCGUUUGACAAUAGUUAAAGAUUUGAUCGAGACACUGCAGCUCGCUCUACGGGCAAAGGUCCCCGACAAUGUUUCAAGCACGUAUUUCGACAAGCCUGAGUCUUUUGUGAGGCAUUUGAUGUAUUUCUGGGGUGACUUCCAAGGCAAGCAGAUAGGCGGAGAUGUCUCUUCGGAAGGUAUGGAUCGUGACUUCUUGGAUGUCAUGAUUGAAGCAUCCUUACACAAUGAUCGCUUAUGGGAGCAUCUGAACAGACAAGCAAGCUUCCAGGAACUGCUUGCAAGUGCUGUACUAUUAAACCCGAACAUCGACUCGCGAAAGACGGCAGCAAUUAUUAUCUUAAACGUCGCAGGCGUUGUGUCGGGCAAAACAACAGCCAAAAUAGAAGAAUCUCGUUCUCCGCGAGCGCGAUUUGAUGCAGAAAAGAUCAAAAUUUGUCUUCAGCACUUGUGGAAAUACCUGUUUCCAUUGGUAGCUCGCGCCUGUGAUAUGCCAUCCUUAAGUCAGCAGGCUCUGGAGAUUGCUGUGGCAGUCUUCGAAACAGUAUCAAGGACACUUUCUGAGGAGUCUCUGAAAGGAGUCUUUGCUGAAUCUUGGACAUUGUUGCUCACGCAACACGACCCUGGAAACAAUAUUUACUGUGCUAACGAAGCAGUGCCACUGAACCUGGCCAAGAUACUUGCUCAUUGUGUCCGAUGUCUUGCAAACUUAGGCAUCACUGUCCCCGAAAGCUCAAGUCUUAUUCGGAAAGUUUACCAGCAAUACUUGUUUCCUCCUCUCUCGGACUCCUCGAGUGCUUGUCUCGAAGAACAAAGUACACCACUUAUUGAUUUCGAGGCUCGAAGUGCUCUCUAUGGCUUGGUGCUCAGACUAUGUCAAUCCUCAGACGACCUCGCCGUGCUUGCAGCAGAAAUGAGCGAGAGUGCAGUUGAUGAAGACGCUUUUUCGCAGAUGUGGGCCAACGACAGAAAGGCUAUAAGGUCUGAACAGGGAUAUGCUGGCCAACGGAACUUAUCGAACACUUGCUACCUCAACUCCUUGUUCUCUCAACUAUUUAUGAAUGUGAGAUUCAGAGACUUUAUCAUCGGCCUCGACAUUGUUGACAGUAUGAAGCAACAGUUGUUCUGCGAAUUGAGCAAUUUGUUUGCUAAUAUGCAAAGUUCCUGCGAGAAAUAUGUCAAUCCACAGGAAGUCAUUGAAUCAGUAACCCAGUACAAUGGCGAGCAAAUUGACGUGACUGUGCAAAUGGAUGUGGAUGAGUUCUACAAUCUGCUGUUUGAUCGUCUCGAAGCACAACUUGUUGAUGCUGAUGCACGGAAAAAGUUCAAGUCCUUUUACGGAGGCCAACUUGUUCAACAGAUCAAGUCUAUGGAAUGCGAGCAUAUUUCAGAAAGAAUAGAGCCCUUCAGCGCCGUCCAAAUUGAGAUCAAAGGUAAAAACGGUCUAGAACAGGGCCUGGCAGCUUAUGUGGAAGGCGAAGUUCUGCAAGGAGAAAACAAAUAUUCGUGUACAAGUUGUGGUAGACACGUUGAUGCUGUCAAGCGUGCUUGCCUGAAAGAGAUUCCUGACAACCUCAUUUUCAACCUCAAGCGGUUUGACUACGACAUUAUGACUGGUAUGAGAUGCAAGGUCAACGACGAGUUCCAGUUUCCGGAAACCAUUGACAUGAUGCCAUACACGGUGGAAGCUCUAAGCAGCGAGAAUACACAACUACCCACCGACAUAUUUGAGCUCGUUGGAGUUAUUGUACAUUCAGGAACCGCAGAGACCGGCCACUACUACUCCUUCAUCCGCCAGAGACCUUCUAGAAAGGACAGAAGACGUUCAUGGCUGCAGUUCAACGACAUAGAUGUGACGCAAUUUGAUCCAGAGCACAUGAGGGAUCAGGCGUUUGGAGGAACCGACGCAAGUUAUGGAAAUUUCCUCAAGUUCUACAAUGGUUACAUGCUCUUCUACCAGCGAAAAUCCAGCAUCGUCACAUACGAGCACGAUUACCCUGUUCUAUCGGCUCAGAACACCACGAGCGUACCGCUACCAAAAGGCCUGGAGAGCAGGAUAGCUCAAGAGAACGAAAUAUGCUUGAGAAGAUAUGUUGCACAGGACCCAUCGCAUGCCAAAUUUAUUCGACACAUCGCAGAGCGUAUACACCAUGGUGAGUCAGGCUCAACACCUCACGUGUUAGAAAGCCAGCUCCUGGGAAUAACUCUGGACUAUGUGAAUGCCGUCUCAUCGCGAUUGAAAGACGCUGCUGAGUUUGAAGAAACAAUGAGGCUUCUGGGCGAGUUGGCGAAGGCAUGUCCAAGAUGUGCACUUGCCAUCAUGGAGUGGUUCUACACCAAACGCACUGUUGUGGGAACCAUAAUGCAAGCAUUUUACACUUUGUCUCGAAGGAUGUUUUCGAGCCUGCUGUAUACUUGCUACAGUGUUCUCACACCAUUACGAAGCUCGAAUGCAAUUGUAGAAGGAGACUCGGUUGAUCAACAGCGUGUGGUCAACGCGCUCGAUGGCUCACUGAAAUUAGUGUCAAAGGAAUGGAGUCAGUUGCAAAGAUUCCCAAGAAGUUGGGAUCAGGUCUUUGGCCUUCUCAAUGCCGUCGCAAAAUCUGGCGACACAGAUGUGCAGGUACUUCUCGAUCAUGAGUUUCUCGCCAAGGCUGCCGAGAUCAUCUGGAUGCACAUGGACUACAACCGCAAACCAACACCACUUGAAUUGCGAAAAAAGUACACUGCGUACAUAGCUGCUCGCGAGAAGAACAAGGCUUUCAAUCAUGGAAUUGUCAUGCAGAUCUUUUCUGAGCUGCUACCUUUUGUGAACCUUCAGCCCGAGUUUCACAGGGAACGUAGCGGGAUUGAUGCGUCCAACGACGAGCAAUACUUGCUCGGACUGAAAGAGGAUGGGAGCUUUGAUUGGCUAAGAAGGCUUGUGGCAGGUGGCUCCAACCCAGAUGCGGCUGACGAAGUGGUCAAAGAACUAUGCACAUAUCCCAGUCUUCUUGAACGUACGACCAAUGCUCUGUUCGAAGGACUUGAACGUUCGAGACAGUACAAUACCGCAUGUCGCUUCCUCCGGCCAUGUUUCAUGCUCAUCAAAUGCUGUACAACCAGAAAGCCAGUACUAGGGACAAUCAAGAAGUGCCUAGCUGCUGUUGCAGACUCAGACGGUCAUUAUAGCAGUGACUACUAUGAUUUCGUGGAGGCCUUGGCACAAUUAGAAGGAGUUCAGGUCUUUAAUCAGGGCGAAAUCCGAAUCUUGAUACUGCAGCAGCUCAGUGAUUGGGCACCAGCGCUUCUCAUGGCGCCAAACGAGAUACAGCGAAAUGUGCGAAACGACGCCAUGCAUUUGAUCCAGAGGAUGCUGUUUGGCCCAAUUGACGAGGACGACAUCGACCGACUCCGUCAAGACAAGCCUACUAUGCGUCAAAUACACAAUCUCACUCGCGGUUGCAUCUCCUACGUCGUCAAGCACUUCCUGGACAUACCAGCGUCCGCCCAUGAGCAACGCUUUACGCUGACAUCUGGUCAGUCUGCUCAGAUUGUGGACGUGCUGCGAGAAUGUCAGAAAUAUCUACAAGCCGCAGAGGAGAAUGCCGGCACGGAAAACCUGAUCGGGGAUGUAGAGAAUGUCAUCCAAGAACUUGAACAGCUGGAGGCUGUGGUUGAGAAUGAGUACAUGUAUGGUAACGACGAGGCGAGCAGUGAGCCAACGAGUGAUAUAGAGAGCUUCGAAUCGCCUUAG